UGUUUGUGGAAUGCAUGAACUAAUUUAACUGAUAGCCAGUUUCUGUAAAAUUAGCUAAAUAACUAGCUAACCAGAAGGUACUCUGAACAAUGAUGUCAACUUCUGUAGUCGGCACUGUCAAGCGAGCACCUUUCAGUAGCUCACAGUCUGCUGUAGAAGACGACAGGCAGUUGUGAUCCAGUGUGAUAAAUGCUAACGAGGAGGUAAACACAGGGUCCUCUAGGAUCACAAAAGAAAGAUUCCAUGAGGGCGAAGUUAACUCUGAAUGACAAGUGAAGGAAAAGUGGUGGGGGAAAAGGGUGGAAGGAAUGUGGUAAAUGUCUAGAGAAGGCAAAGUAGUGCAAAACCCUGUGGCACAAGAUGGGAACCUGAUACAUUUGAAAUACUUCCCUGUUCCCGGGGCAUCCUCCCAAGGUAACUGUCGGGUUUGAAGACAUAGUAAUAUUUGUAACGUAUUAUGAAUGAUAGCUUGCCAUAUACCUUAUGAUUAAUAAGCUCAGACUUGUAUGUAGUGAUUACUUAUUACCAGACAGUUUCUGAUAUUCAAAGAAGAGUGAAAGCAUUUCAGAGAAGGACUGCGAGUGAACGCUUCUGAAAGAUCCUGGGACUUUACCCCACCCUCUACACUAAUUGGGUACAGUCCACCUUGGUGGACUGAGUUGGCGUGGGGGGCGGGGGUUGUUGUCUUGACAACAGAUCUCAUUGGCCUGUCAAAGUGAAACUGUUGGACGAUUGGCUGCGAAGCUUUCCAGAGGCCUGCCCCGGUCGCUGAUUGGAUAAGGGGCAGCCAAACUCCCCCACUCCUUUCCCGCGGGGUUCUGUUGCUUAGCAACCGAUUUGCAACCUCCUGCGAAGCGGGCACCCAGUUACACCUGUGAAACGUAAACUACCCGACUAAAGAGGGCCCCACGCUGCCCUGCGCUUACACCUCUCCCGCUCGCCGCCCGCACGGACGACACGGGUUGUGCCAGGUGCUCAUCCAAGUUUGCCUUGAGACCAGGCUGUGGGCUGGCACGGCGGUCACACACCGCAGUUGAGCACGUGCCCGGUUUCCUUCUUGAAGUCAGAGGAGAAAAAAAAGUCACUGUUCUAUGUCCAAUUUAGAGCCACUUCUGUUGGGAGGACACAGCGUUCUGGGGCUCUAGAAAACAAGAUUUAUGUCGGAGUGGGACAGUGACCGGUAAUCUCAGACAUCUGUCUCAGAGUGCACCCUAGGAGUGUGGGGACAAGUGCCAGGCCCUUUGCUGCCUUAUCAUGCACCACAGGGCUUACUUCUCGCUGGAAAGAGACUUCCAAGAGUUGAAGGAGAACAAUUUUAAGGGUAUUACUGCCUUUCCUGUAAGUGAAGAUCUGAUGGAAUGGGGAGCUAGUAUUCAAGGUCUACAGAAUACAGUUUGGCAAGGAUUAUUCUUCCAACUGACAAUAAAUUUUACAUCGGAGUACAAUUUGGUGCCUCCAGUUGUGAAAUUCUUAACAAUUCCUUUUCAUCUAAAUGUAGACCAAAAUACUGGUCGGGCCUGUAUAGAUUUUUUGGACAACCCUGCUAAGUGGAAUACAAGCUAUACAUUGAGCAGCAUUCUAUUUACCCUCCAGGUUAUGCUUUCGAAUCCAGUGCUAGAAAAUCCAGUGAAUUUGGAAGCAGCCCAAAUGCUGAUUAAAGAUGAAUCUCUGUACAAACAAAUAGUUCUAAGAUUUUUCAACCAACCAUCACAAUUGAGAGAUGACAGGCCUGAGUCACUUAAAGAUCCAGAUAAAUUUAUCAGAUCAACUAAGGCAGUCUCAUUUAAUGAUUACUACAAGACAUGGUCUGGAAUAGCCACAUCCAAAGCCACAGAGUAUUAUAGAAGUCCAUUGCCUGAAGAUCCACAUUUUAUUGGAGAGUAUCAUAAAUGGAAGAAACUUGAAUUAAAACAUCCUAGAGAAUGUAAUCUAAAGUAUGCUGCUGCUAUGGCUCGGCUUGCCGGAGAAAGCAGAAGGCCUCACAAAGCCAAUUAUCCAACGGAAAGUGUUCAUCUCUGCCCCACUCCAAUUCAAAAUUUUCCUGAUGCACAACCUGAAAUUGAUAUCAUCAUGAAGACCGAUAGAACAAAGGAGAGGUGGAAGAGUGUAAUUUUACCAGAUGAUGUUAACACGAAUGAGUCAUGGGAAGAAGAAGUGGAAGACCUGGUCACCUGGACCAACACUCUUGAUAUAAAUGUUUUAGAUGAUUCAGCCUGAAGCUCCAGGAUUUAAAAAAUGAACAGCCUCAACCACAGAUCAACUUCAUGAAGCAACUUUGGAACAUGGAUUCCAUUUUUUUUCAAGUUGGACUCAUGCUCUCACUUCAAGUACAAAUUAGAAAUAUAACUACAAAUCAGUGAA